AUGCAGCAGAAACUGUCAACGUACCGAGGAUUUGCACAGGAGAUGGUCAGACGCACAAAGCUCGUUGAAGUGGAUAUGAGGCCAAAUGCGGAAGAACCGACACGCAAGGAAGCCAGAGUUGUCUGUGAGGUGGAUGUACAAGACGAUAUGCUCAAUCCUCAUAACGUACAUGGAGGAUGCAUGGCCACUCUCAUUGACAAUUGCACUUCUCUGCCAUUGUCCGUGUGGAACGUAGCAGCUGGAGGACCAGGCACAUCAGGAGUGUCACAAUCAUUGGCAGUGUGGUAUCACGCCCCAGCACCCAAGGGUAGCCGUCUCCGCUUGAUCAGCACCACCACGGCAGUUGGGUCUCGAACCAUGAUGGUUCGUUGCGAGGUUUGGGAUAUCACUCACCAUCGGCUGGUAGCAACCGGCGUCCAUACCAAACUGGAGCCGUCCGUCUCCAAGAGCAAAUUGUAA